CCAGAGCCGCCGCCGAGGCCGAGAGGGCGCCGAGCCGGGAUGGGAGCCGCCGCGCUGGCCCCUGCGCUGCUUUGCCUGGCGCUGCGCCUCCUGGCUGCAGAUGGCUUCGUCCUGCACAUGGAGCUGGACUGCCCCCUGGCCGCCGAUGGCCACGUCCUCUGGGCCAACUGGACCCUGGCCUUCAACAAGGUGCCCUUCCUCUGCUACGACAAUGAGAACCAGCUCUUCGUGCCCUGCGGCCUGGGCGAGUUCGGGAACUGGCCGUACGCUUCCUACCCCAUUUCAGAGAAGUUCAACCAGCACUUCCCCGCCUGGGGGAAAGUCAUGGAGGCCCUGUGCCGGGAGCAAGUCCAGUCGCAGCCCCUGUGGGGCCAGUCCGGGGCCCGGCGGACCCCUCCCCAUGUCCACAUUUUCCCCAUCACCCCGCAGAACACCCCCGCGCCCCUCAUGCUGGCCUGCGACGUGUGGGGCUUCUACCCGGCAGACGUGGCCGUCACUUGGCUGCGGAACGGGGCCUUUGUGAAGAACAGCACGGGGGUCCCCGUGGUGUCGAACGGGGACUGGACCUACCAGACCCGGCUGAGCCUGCCCGUCUUCCCCCAGCGUGGGGACGUCUACACCUGCCUUGUGGACCACGCCAGUCUGCCGGAGCCCAUGACCAGGGCCUGGGAACCAGGCCUGCCUUCGGAGCUCAAGGUGAUCGUGGGGGUCUCGACUGCAGUGCUGGGAGUGGGCCUAAUCCUCCUCAUUGCUGGCCUUGCCUGCUGGAGCAAGCGGGUCCCCGAAGGUUACACUUUCAUUGAUGGUACCAACUACCCCCCAGUCAUCUCCUAGUUCCACGGGGGCCGUCUGGUCUGCUCCAUCCUGGGAGAUCCCAACAGAAGGCCACGCUUCAGGGCGGGCAGCUCUUCCAGAACCACCUGUGGAGGGUCGUGGCCUGGGGUAGAAACACGCCUCCUGCCCGUGCCAGGCUAACCUUAUAGAAAAAGGCAAAGACCACCCCUGCUUGCGGAUCCUUGAUUCGCCCCUACCUCUGUGCCCGAUUUUUUCUUUUUGUGGAUGGGUGGAGGUUAAACAGCUGGUUUUUUUUUUUACAAAAAUUGUUGCACUUUCCAGAACAAUAAAACGUCUCUGACUCCUUUGGCGCAAA